GUGCGCCUGCGCGCUGCCCGGUCCCUUUUUUUUUUUUCUUCACGUGUCUCCCCCCAGCCCGGCCCGCAGGACUCUCCUUGCAGCGGCGGCGGCGGCGGGUGCAGAGUCCGAGCGGCGGCGGCACGAGUCAUGGCUGGACAGGCUUUCAGAAAGUUUCUCCCGCUCUUUGACAGAGUCUUGGUUGAAAGGAGUGCCGCCGAAACCGUGACCAAGGGCGGCAUCAUGCUUCCGGAAAAGUCUCAAGGAAAAGUAUUGCAAGCCACAGUAGUGGCUGUGGGAUCAGGCGCCAAAGGCAAGGGUGGAGAGAUUCAGCCAGUCAGUGUGAAAGUCGGAGACAAAGUUCUUCUCCCAGAAUACGGAGGCACCAAAGUAGUUCUAGACGACAAGGAUUACUUCUUAUUUAGAGAUGGUGACAUUCUUGGAAAGUAUGUGGAAUGAAAUCACUGUUGAAAUGGUGUCACAUGAAGCUGCCCAUUCCGUUGACGGUCUGAACUAUUCAUCAUGUAAAUAAUUUCCGUGCCUCCCUUUUAUAAUAAACUGAUGAUGCCCAAACUAAUGACAGCCAAUUGUCUCGGGUUUAGUUUCACUGUACUGUUGUAAACAUUUCCAAAUAAAAUAAUGUAAAUGAAUGGGCAGUCUUUAGUAAUUUAGAGUUCUGAGAAAUAAGGUGUUUCUAGGUAAAUGAGUUUUCCGGAUGAAUUUGGCAUUAUUACAUAGGUGAGUGAUAUUAAAGCCAUGGACUUACACUUAGGCACUGACCAAAAGUAACUUGGAGAAGGGAAGGGUUUGUUUCAGCUUCAAGUUCAUAGUUCAUCAUAGAGGGAAUUCUAAUUCUGCCUUGCUCCCUUUCUCAGGCUACCUUCUUACACAACCCAGGGCCACCUGCCCAGGGGUGGGAGGACCAUACUAUGGCUGGCCCUCCCACAUCAGUCCUAAAGAUAAUGCACUAUAGACUUUCCUAAUGAAGGCAACUUCUCAGUUGCAGUUCCUCUUUGCAGGUGACCCUAGCUGGUGUGAAGCUGGCAAACAUUAGCAACAUUGUAAAACAAGUAUAACUGGUGCAGUUCCUCUGUUACAGAGGUGUGUGGUUCUUACCCUCUUCAUUUUGUAUUUCCUGAGCAUGUCUUAAUUUCUAAAUCUCACACCAAAAUUAGGUUUGUUUUGGCAAAACAGCACAGGAAGUCAGAUAGAUGGCUCAGUGGUUAAAAGCACUGGCUGUUCUACCAGAUUUGGUUCACAGAACCUGGGUGGUAGCCCACUCCAGGGGUUCAUUUCUUUGAGGUUCUCGGGUGAUCUAACAUGGCCUCUUGUGUGCGAGGGAAGCUUUCUACCACUACAGUAGACUUUCCAUAAUUUGAGUGCAGUUGAUUUCAGAACACAAGGGUGAAAAAUGGUCACAACCCCCAUCCAUGAGGUAGUGUGUGCUUUCAAUAUGUAUGUGUAUUGAUGCUUACGUGUUGAUUGCUUUUGAUAUGCCAUGGCCUAAUUAUCAAAUUUAGAUAGAAAAAAAAAAUAGGAAGUUUUGGGGGCUGGAGAGAUGGCUCUGCAAUUAAGAGCACUGGCUGCCCUUCCAGGGAACCCUGGGUUCAAUUCCCAGCACCCAUGUGGCAGCUCACAAUUGACUAAUUCCAGUUCCAGAGGAUCUGGCACUCUUAUACAUACAGGCAAAACACCAAUGCAGACAAAUAAAACUCUUAGAAGAGAGAAAAAAGACUUUGGAUCUUAAGAGUAUCCAGUUGGGUCAUCAGUGUUUAUGUUCUACUUGAGAUGUAGCUAACAAUGUACUUGCAAAUUAAUUUUGUUAGCACAAUCCUAGCUGGCCUGGAAUUUGCUGUGUAGACCAGGUGGGACCUAAGUCAGCUGUGUGUGUUUUGAGUGCUAGAAUUAAAGCUGUGUGUGUACUUAUGUUUAGCUGCUUUUGUUGUAGUUCUCUAUUUUCCUCUUGGACAAAGAUAAACAGCAACCUUCCGUCUGGAACGCUGGCCCAUGUUCUCCAUGCCCUGUUUUUUCGGUGGUUCACUGUGCAGAUACACAGGGCCCGCUGCGUUGGUCUCCUUGAGUGCUUGGGUUAUAGUGUUACACUGGGCUCACCCUUCACUCAUGACAGUUCUUUUCUGUUACCAAUAUAACCUCAUAAAAUUGGUCUUUUUAGCAGUUAUUCUAGGCAAGUAUCACAAGGGGCCCAACACUUCUAGAAGGGGUGGCUGGGGCCUUGAAGUAUACCGAGUCAUUCCGGGAAUGAAAUCAAAGCUUUAGAACGAAACCUUGGAUCUCAAAACGUUUACUAAUAGCAGUAGUAGGAAAGCUUCGAUGCUUCUGUAGUUACUAGUCACCACCGUGAGCAAAUCACACCUAAGUCAGUUUUUGCUUUGUGAUAGCUUUUUCCUUCGGUUUGUCUCUGGCAUUUGUGUAUAUGCACGCUCCGGCCAGAGGAGGGCGAUGGGGUCUAGGCUGUGAGCUCUGCCUUGUGCUCUGAGCAGGGGCUUCCUGAACCUGGAGCUACACGCUGGCCCCCAGCACUCCUGUCUUGGCCCCACACAGCGCUAGGCUACACACGUGCUUGUCACACCUGCUGGGAUUCAAAUUCAGCUCCUCAUGCUUGUGUGGCAAAGCACUCCCCAACUCCUGUUUUGUUUUGAGACUUUUUUGUAAACAGUGGCCCAGGCUUGCUCAAACUCAGCCCCUCUGCCUCUGCCUCCCGAGUGCUGGAAUUACAUGUAGGCUUGCACCACCACCACGUCUGGCUCCAGACCCUUGAAAUUUCUUCUUUUCAAAUUCUCUUGCAACAUUGCCCAGUUUGGCCUUCAGCUCUCCUCUGCCUCAUUCUCUGAGUGGCUGGGAUAGAUUACAGGCACGUGCUAUGGUGCUUGACUCUUGCUGGUUUUUACUAUUUCCAUGUUUUUGUACGUUUGUGCCGUAGUGCUCAUGUGGAGGUCAGAGGACAACUUCAGAGUUGAUUCUCCUACCAGUUGGGUCCUAUAGCUUGAACUCUGGUCAUCUGGCUUGGCAGCAAGAGAUUUUACCUGCUGAGUCAUCUCUCCAGUCUUUAAACCAUCGUGUUUGGGUAGAAUUGUAUGCAUUAGUAGAUUAAAUAGUUUCUGAGAGGAAGGAUGUGAUCAGAAGAGACAAGUCAUAACAAUACAGUGACGCCAUUUCUCUUUUCAAUAGGGCACCUAAUACUAUGGUAUGUUCUGGGGGUUUUUGGUUUGUUUUUCGAGGCAGGGUGUCUCUGUAACAGCCCUGGCUGUCCUGGAACUUGCAUUGUAGACCAGGCUGGCCUUAACUCAGAGAUCCGUCUACCUCUGCCUCCCAAGUGCUGGGAUUAAAGGUAUAUGCCACCGCCACCCGGAUGUUACAGUUUUUGUUGUUGUUUGGUUGGUUGAUUUGGUUUGUUUUUUUGUUUGUUUUGAGACAGAGUCUCUAUUAAGUAGCCCUGGGUGUCCUGUACUUGCUAUGUACACCAGACUGACCUCAGACUCACAGUAUGAAAUCCACAUGCCUCUGCCUCCCAAGUUGUGGAAUCAAAGGCUUACGCUAGCACACCAGGCCUUUUUUAUGGUAGGUUCAUAAUGUUGUUUCUGUGUUUUCUCAUUUUAUCAACUUUAUGUUACCACUGCUUAAAACAGUGAGUGGCAUGUGUUUUAAAAAUGGUUUUAGCCGGGCGGUGGUGGCGCCUGCCUUUAAUCCCAGCACUCAGGAGGCAGAGCCAGGCGGAUCUCUGUGAGUUUGAGGCCAGCCUGGGCUACCAAGUGAGUUCCAGGAAAGGCGCAAAGCUACACAGAGAAACCCUGUCUCGGGGAAAAAAAAAUGGUUUUAGGAACUGCAGAGAUAGCUUAAUGGUUAAGAGUGCUUGCUGUUUUUAUAGAUGACCUAGAAUCAGUUCCUAGCACCAGCAUGUUAGCUUAUUAUUAACUACAGUUCCAGGGGAUCUGAUAGGGAUUAAAGGCAUGCACCACCGCCCGGCUUGUUUUGUUUUUUUUAUGUGUAUGUGUGUUCUGCCAGGCUGUGUGUCUGUACGUAUGUGUGCCUAGUGCCUUACAAAGUCAGAAGACAGCAUCAGAUUAGAAUAUGGGUCGUUAGGAAGAGCAGCCAGUACUCUUAACUACUGAGCCAUCUCUCCAGCUCUCCAAGCAAUACCUAUUGAUAUUUUUCCAGGGCUUUUAAAAAAGUGACUCUUGCUGGGCGGUGGUGGCGCACGCCUUUAAUCCCAGCACUCGGGAGGCAGAGGCAGGUGGAUCUCUGUGAGUUCGAGGCCAGCCUGGGCUACCAAGCGAGUCCCAGGAAAGGCGCAAAGCUACACAGGGAAACCCUGUCUCGAAAAAAAAAAAAAAAAAAAAAAGUGAUUCUUAAAGCUUAUGUGUAUGAGUGUUUUGCCUGUGUGCCCGGUGCCCUCGGAGGUCAGAACAGAGCUUCAGAUACCUAGACAUGGAGUUACAGAUGGUUGUUAGCCAUGCGGGCGGGGGACUGAACCUUGGUCGUCCAUGAGAAUAACAAGUGCUCUUAACCACUCAACCAACUCUCCAGCCCUUCCCCCUCCUUUUUGUUUGAGAAAUAUGGUUUCUGUAGCCCUGGCCAUUCUGGCUAGACUUGAAUGUGAGUGAUCUUCCUGCCUCUACCUCCAGAGUGCUGGCUUUACAGGCAUGGGCCUCUGUACCCAGCUUCCAAAUCAUACCUUAAAGUUAAAUAAAACUAAAAGUAUUUCAUAACA